ACACGCGCUGGAUUUCGAUCUGAAUCCUGAAAAAUCGACUCUUUCCUUGUCCGGCUCUGCGCCCUGCCCCGCCAUGAAAAUGAUUACGUGAAUAUCAGCUCCUCCUCCUCCUUCCUGCUCCCUAUAUAUCCGUGAUCUCUCUCUCUCUCUCUCUCUCUUUCACAUGUCAUCAGCGUACGUUCUUCUCCCGGGGGCGUGAGGUUGGAGGGGGAGAGGGAAGCAGCAGGGGGGGCGUGGCGUGGCGUGGCGUGGGUUUGGUUGGAUUGCAGCCCGACCCACGUCUUGUUUUCCUCCAGAUAUUGGUUUUUUAUUCGUUUUCCUAGGAGAUAAUGAUAUGCCCUUUUCCUGGGAGCUUGCGUGAUGGGAGCAAUGCGGGCAGACGUGAGGGGAGGAGUAAUUGGUGGAGGUCGGUGACAGCUUCGGGACUUCAUUGACUUUCUCCUUCUGGACCAGCGAAAGAUUCCAAAUCUUCGUCUCCAUCUCUGUAUCUCCCUCGCUCUGUCUCUGCUGCGUUGAAUUGCUUCUUCUUGGAUCCGUUCCGAGAAAACUGGUGUACAGGGCGGAAGAGGGUGUUUGGUAGAUGUGGGUAUGGAUCUGUGAGUGCAUUCCUAAUGUUGCUGGCUUUAUUCGGUGGCGUUGUGCUUAUUUCAUUGAGGGAAGACUGUUCAUAGGUUCGAGUCGUUGUUUGGUGUGUGAGUGUGUGUGGCGUGAUGGAUCAGACGAGACGUGAUCUGGAAACUGGUGGAGGCUUGAAUCAGGCUGAUUCUGGGACGAGGGAGCAUUCUGAGCAUUCGGUCGGUGAGGCUGAUGUUGUGAUUGAUUUAGAGGAUGGUCCCAUGACAAGUGCGCGAGUCGGGCAAUCGGAGAAUCGAAGCAGUGAUUUGGGUUCAAGCGGGGUUCCCGUCGAAGUGUCUGAUAAUACCAUUGUGGUUCAUCAAGAGAGAAGUGAUGGGUCAUUUGGGCAAAUGGGUGAUCAAGGGACGAGCAGAAGUUCUGAGAAGGACGGUGUCGAUCAAGGAUCGGAAGCAAAGGAGGGCGGAGAAUUGAAGUCCGAGAAGGUAGUGGAGGAGGAUUUAAAGAAGAAUGUCUCUGCAAAAGGGGAUGAUUCGUAUCUGAUUGAUGUCCAGUGCAGUAAUGUUGGUGGUGGCCGCGGCGAAAGCGGCGAAGGGGAGAGAGUUUGCAGGAUUUGUCAUCUGACUUCUGAGCAAUCGGUGGAUGCUAUUCCGGGGAUGACGAUGGAUGAUGAUAUGACUUCUGAGACGUCGAGUAUGGAAUUGAUUCAGCUCGGAUGUGGGUGCAAAGAUGAGCUUGGGAUUGCGCACAGUCACUGUGCCGAGGCAUGGUUUAAACUGAAAGGGAAUAGGUUCUGUGAAAUUUGUGGUGAAACUGCCCAAAAUAUCUCCGGCAUCGGAGAUACUAGAUUUAUGGAGGAGUGGAACGAAAGAAGACUUACUCUUCCCAAUAUUAACUCGCCAGAAAGAGGAGGGUGUUGGCGGGGACAACCGUUUUGUAAUUUCCUGAUGGCGUGUCUGGUGAUAGCUUUUGUGCUCCCAUGGUUCUUCCGUGUAAAUAUGUUCUAGGAGGUGGUGUGGGUGAUCGUAGAGAGAUUCUUUACAUUCUUGGAUAUCUAUACUUGUCACCACACGGUGCUGCUUCUGGGGUCACGGCACGGACCGAGCUAUCGUUAGUCUCAGCAAUUUCUCCGCGAUUUCUUCCGCAGCUUCCGAACAUCAGAAUUGCAACAUGGAUCGACUCCCUUGAUCGACAUGAUAUGAUUGCGGUGAUCUGGGUUGGUAUACUCUUGAAAUUUCUUACAUUUUGCAGGGGGAGCUCGACAACAAUGCCUUGAUUCACGAAAAACUGGAAAGUUGCUGCUUACAACUUGAUACAUCGUCUCCUCAUGGAUUUGCCUUGUUACUUUUGUCUGUUCAUACGCCAUCUGUAGAUAUUGCAGUUCUUUACAGGAUCAUCGACAGAUUUACGACAAUUUGGAACGCAGCCUUUUUACCUUUCAAACUGCUUUUUGUCUGAAUUUAUAUGUAAACGUCCGUCCUUCAUCAAACUAUGGUUGCUGCAUUUUUUCGUGGACACGCAAUGUUGUGAUAAUUUGGACUUUGGAA